UUAGAUUUAUGUUUUUCCUUCUGAAAAGCCAAAGAGGAAGGAGGGUACAAGUACACCUGAAGUCUUGAAAGUUUCCAAUAAACAAACUCGCGGAUAAGCUUACAAAGAGAGUCACAGAAGACACUAUUCCGAGCUCAUUCCUUGAAAGGCAAGGCAGAAUCUGUGUAAAUUUUCUCCUCUUUCUGCGUGCUUCUCCUGGCAUAUUGUUCCAUACAACUAUGUUACGCAUAUCUAGUGUUCGAUAAAAUGACUCUGCUUAUUUUUCUCCACUUAACUGCAAGAUUAUCAAGUUAACGGCCAGCCCAAGUUAACUACUACUGGUUUAGGUCCCCAAAUUGAGGUUAACACUCUAAUAGUGCCAGAGACACCAACCGGGGCUAUGGUUUGUUUGUGAAAAGGGAUGAUGAAGUUUGCAGGGUACUCCUUGGGAGUUUCAUUUGCUCCCAUAGGCUCAAAUGUCUUUGCAAAAAGUUUCAGAUUCCCAAUAGUUGGUAGCAUAUAUCGUGGGAAUUUGCGAAGUUCAAGGUUGUUUUCUGCUUCUUGUUGGAGAGAACAAUCAAAUGGAAAAAAUGGGGUGGUUGCAAAACAGUAUCUUCCACCUUGGUUUAGUGUUGCUCCAAUGAUGGAUUGGACGGAUAAUCACUAUAGGACUCUAGCACGCCUCAUAUCGAAGCAUGCUUGGCUCUACACUGAGAUGAUUGCAGCUGAAACGAUUGUUCAUCAAAAGGACAACCUGGACAGGUUCUUGGCAUAUUCUCCAGAUCAGCAUCCCAUUGUGCUUCAAAUCGGAGGGUAUAUAGAAAAUUUGGCAAAAGCAACUGAACUUGCUAAUGCUUAUUGCUAUGAUGAGAUCAAUUUAAACUGUGGAUGCCCUAGUCCAAGGGUAGCUGGACAUGGAUGCUUUGGCGUGAGCCUUAUGCUUGACCCAAAGUUUGUUGCUGAAGCUAUGUCGGCAAUUGCUGCCAACACAAAUGUACCUGUUAGUGUCAAAUGUCGCAUUGGAGUGGAUGAUCAUGAUUCCUAUGAUCAGCUAUGUGAUUUCAUUUACAAUGUUUCGUCUUUCUCUCCCACUAAGCAUUUCAUAAUUCACUCAAGGAAGGCAUUGCUCAAUGGCAUUAGCCCAGCUGAAAAUCGGAAUAUUCCUCCACUAAAAUAUGAAUAUUUUUAUGGCCUCUUACGUGAUUUUCCUGACUUAACAUUUACAAUCAAUGGUGGCAUUUCUGGUAUUGAUGAGGUCAAUGCAGCUCGAGAAGCUGGUGCUCAUGGUGUUAUGCUUGGACGUGCAGCAUACAAUAAUCCAUGGCAUAUUUUGGGACAUGUUGAUACUGCAAUUUAUGGUGCACCACGCAGUGGUCUCACACGUCGUCAGGUACUCAAAAAAUAUCAAGUCUAUGGAGAUUCUGUGUUGGGAAAAUAUGGGCACAAGCCAACUGUGCGAGAUAUUGUGAAGCCUUUGCUCAAUCUUUUCCAUUCAGCACCUGGAAAUGGACUUUGGAAGCGCAAAGCAGAUGCUGCUUUCCGAAGUUGCACGAAUUCUUGUGCUAUCCAGACAAUUGAAUCAUUUUUUGAAGAAACCCUUGUAGCAAUUCCUGACUUGGUAUUGGAUUCGUCUGCUGUGGAACCACCGCCUGGCCGUGGUGAUCUUUUUGCCAACAUAGAUAGUUUACUGCCUCCUCCUUACAGAACAAGAGAAGAAGAGAUCGUUUUAUGCGCUUAGGCUUGCAUGUAGUUCCCAAACCCAAGUUCUAGUAGUUACCAUCUUUCCCCAUCUUUGUGAAAUGAAAAUGAUAGUAUCAUUCAACAGAACAGCUUAAUACAAGAUAAAUUCAUUAGUUAUCUAUUUGUAAGCAAUUGAUUUUGAAAUGUAAUCCAUGCCUCCUCCUCCUUGUGGGGUUUGCUUUA